UUUGGCUCAUGGAAAACUGUGGAGCGCUUACAAAUUAGGAAUGGGGUCAUAACCAUGCUUUUGUUUGAUUAUGGAGAUUUAAUUGAAGAAAAUGUUCCCAUCUCCAACUUGCGAAUAAGAUCAAGAAAAGCCACUUUGUCAGAUUGCACCUGCUUUCUAAGGCCUGGACUUGAUAUUUGUGUGCUAUCGACCCCUCAAGGUACUGAAGAUUCAAGUGAUGAUGAAAAUCAGGAUCCAAUCUGGGUGGAUGCUAAAAUAAAUUCUAUUGAGAGGAAGCCUCAUGAACCUAAAUGUACUUGCCAAUUUUAUGUUAGCUUUUAUGUUACCCAAGGCCCUCUUGAUAUGGCAAAGAAAACACUCAGUAAAGAGACCGUCUUGGUGCAACUUGAUCAAAUUUCCAUCCUUCAAAACCUGAAUGGAAGCCUUGUGAAAAUGAGCAUUACCGUUGGGAAUUCUUUGAGGAUUGCUCCUGUUCUCCAUGUUCCUAAGUUUUCUGCUAUCCAAAAACAGCAUCUCGUCAUAGACUGCAUUGUUAACUUGCGUCAUAAAGUAACCGAGCUAAAUAAUGCUGGCAAGAACAUCUCGACUGAGCUCGGCCGGGCUAAGGUGUCUCUCAAAAUCGCCAAUUCUGACAAUGCAAGGCUUCUUGGCCAACUUGGUAGGGCCGAGAAAGAGAGAGAAGCUUUGAAAGCCGAGCUCGAGGAAAUGAAAAAGGUGAAGGACAAGGUGGUUGACGAGGCCAACAAUCUCAGUUUCAAAGAGGCCGAGGAGAGCUAA